UGCACUGUCCCAGCCUUUGGUCUCCGCGCGCCUCUGCGGACACGCACUUCCUGCAAGGCCUUGGCGUGCACUUUAGCCGAGCCGAACUAAGUCGAGCCCUAGCGAUCACUUCGCCAUGGUGGACGAAUUGGUGCUGCUGCUACACGCACUCCUGGUGAGACACCGAGCCCUGAGCAUCGAGAACAGCCAGCUUAUGGAACAACUGCGGCUGCUGGUUUGCGAGAGGGCAACUCUGCUGCGCCAGGUACGUCCGCCGAGCUGCCCGGUGCCCUUUCCCGAGACGUUUAACGGCGAGAGUUCCCGGCUCCCCGAGUUCAUUGUGCAGACGGCCUCUUACAUGCUUGUGAACGAGAACCGGUUCUGCAACGACGCGAUGAAGGUGGCCUUCCUGAUCAGCCUUCUCACCGGGGAAGCCGAGGAGUGGGUGGUGCCCUACAUCGAGAUGGAUAGCCCCAUCCUAGGUGAUUACCGGGCCUUUCUCGAUGAGAUGAAGCAGUGUUUUGGCUGGGAUGACGAUGAAGAUGAUGAUGACGAUGACGACUACGAAGAGGAUGAUUACUAGGCCUGGAACCCCUUGGGCCUAGAGGGGAGAAGGCCCUGCAUGCCAUCUCCCCUCCCUCCUCCCCUCCCCCCGCCCCGGAGUUGCCGCGCUCCCGCUUCUGCUGCCAUCCCCUUCGCUGCCCUUCCAUUCUCUCCUUCGCCCUCCUUCCUUGUAGUGCUUGUUGUUUGGUUUCAGGAAUAGUGUUCCAGUUACCUGCUGCCAGGGCUGGGGUUGGGCCUGGGCUUUGAUCUGCAGCUGACUGUGUCUCCAUGUGUUGUCUUCAACUCUGGCCAGUGCCCCCUCCCUGCUAAUCCGAACUGUGUCCUGAGCUCCAGCCACUGGCCAGAUCAUCCUCAUCCCUGAGGAUGGCACUCACCCUACAACUCAUCUGCCCAGACACCUAUGCUUCCACUUUCCCACCACUCAUCACAUCUCACCGACAGACUACAGCCUUUUGGAGAUAAGGACCAAGCGAAAGAUGCCUGAGUUGGCUCCAUGACUUUGGACACUUAUUUGGACAGCUCACCAACCCCUGAAGGGGUACAUUUACAGUCUGGUUAGUUCUCUACCCACUCCCAGCGUCCUCCUCUGCCCUCCUAGAGUGCUGCAGGAGGCUAAUGUGCCUGACAGCUAAAAUGUUAUUAUUCUUUUUUUCUUAUGCACUCGGUUUUGCACAACGAUUGUGUUUUCUUUCAAAAUUGUAGCAGUCUCACCGAUGUGAGCAUUUGGACACAAAAUAUUGUAAACAAAACAAGCAGAGAAACAAGAAUAGGCUCUCAGCCCAGCUCCUCAAUACUACCUUGAAAAACAUUGGCAUUCUUUUCAAUAAAUAUCAAGCACUACAAAAAGUACAAAGAAUUGCCUCUU